AUGGACUGCAGUGACCUUGCGCUGCUCCUCCGUCUCAAGGCCCGGAGGAUGACGAGGAUGAAGCUAUGGCUUGACGAUUACCUAGCUUGUGUGGCAUGGGUGGGUUCGCCCUUUGAGAAUAUGCUUCUCGUAGCUGAUGUAUGCACGCACUUGUUUCGGGCUACAAUUCCGUCACCAUCUUUUACUCGCGCAGAUUCGAUACGAGAAAAGUCACGCUUCCUGCUUUGGGUAACUGAGCUCCUCUACGCUGGAUCAAUAGCCGCAUCAAAGUUGGCAAUCCUGUCUUUCUACUGGCGCGUCUUCCGCUAUACCUCGAUCCGCAUCCCUAUUCUUGUCCUUAUCGCUGCCGUGUCCAUCUGGUUCACCAUACGAACAUUCAUGGUGAUAUUCCACUGCGUUCCGGUUCAGGCAUACUGGGACAAGACCAUUACGCGCGGCCGUUGUUUGGUAAAUGCAUCAACGUUCUUCUUUUGCACGAUUCUUAUGCGCUGUCUGAUGGACUGCAUCAUAUUUGUUUUGUCUGUUAUUGAAGUAGCAAAGAUGCAUCUACCAUGGUCUAAAAAGCUCGCUGUUGUCGGCCUUUUUACAGUCUGCAUUGCAUCAGUGUUUAUACUGAUCCAGGCUAUCCACUACGGCCCCGAUACGAGAGAAUUCCCAAAGGAAAUUGCCCUCAGCAUGAUUUGGGGAGGCGUGGAGAUCAAUGUGGCAGUCUUUUCUGCUUGUCUCCCCAUGCUCCGCCCGAUAUUCCAAAUGUUCAUUCCUGGGAUUUCAACUGCCGAGACUAGUCGCCCGAUUAGCUUACCCAGUGUAGUACUCUCGCCGACGCCGUCAAGAGUCAACGAGGCCAAGCAGGAAAAGUCGCGCAGGUCGGUGGCUCAUGGCUUCGUAGACCAUGAAUUGCCUACCGUGUUGAGAGUGCCAAGCAAUGCAUCAGGGCCAGAGAGUCCUCAUCACGCUAGAAAUUCAGUUGAAGGUUAA